GAAGCGUCAAGUAAUAAAGUUUAAGAAUUACUAUAGUCGUUCGAAUUUUGAUUCCCCAGUAAUAACAGCCGGCUUUUUUUUUCUUCUGCUAAACUGUGUUUUUGACAGCAACAUAACACUUAGCAACGUUCAGCUUGUACAACGCGGUUUCCGAAUAUCAUCGGAUAGUAAUGAUAUUUUCCGAAGAUUUCCGACUGUUUCUAUGAUCAUUCUUCGUAGCGCCAGUUUCCAGUUGUGUUGAGAUGUCUGAAGUUGAUGUUUUCGUUGGAAACCACACAAUUAUAGACACAGAUCUGUACGAGUUAUGGCUAAAGGGAUGUUUAGUAAACGAAGCUGCCAGUAUCUUGCAGAAACAGGGCAUCCUCCACACUUUCAGUGCAACCAUCGAUGACCUGGUUAGUGACACUGUGGACAACUUUAGACUGUUUGUAAACCUUGAAAAGCUUCUGAAGAACCCAACAAAGGUCCAGGACCAACAAAUCUAUCAGAUAGAUCCAGACACCCAGAAAAUGAUCAUUGAAAGGUAUUAUCAGUUUGAUGCCCCUGUAAUUAGGGAAAUGCUAGGCAAGAAGCUAACAUCCAGACAUAGGAAGGAUCUUGAUGAUGUCAGUGACAAAACUGGAAUUCCAUUAAGAAGUUGUAGAAGACAGUUUGACAACAUUAAGCGAGUUUUCAAGACUGUUGAGGAGCUUAAAGGUUCUUUGGUGGAGAAUAUUCGAACACAUUAUUUGUUGUCAGAGGAACUGGCCAGGGAUUAUGCUGCUAUUGUUUUCAUCACCAACAACAGAUUUGAGACCCGGAAGAAAAAACUCAGUUACUUGAGUUUCAAAGACUUUGCCUUCUGUGCUAACCUCAUGAUUACCAACUGGUCUUACAGUUCUGUAGAAUGCAAAUCACACGAAGAUAUGGAUGUGGAUUUAGAUCGUGACUUCCUUUUACAGUUGAGAGAAUUAAAGGUGCUAAUGGACAAGGAAUAUCUGGAUGAACAUAAAAGCAUUGUUUUGAAGAUGUUGAACACUAAAAUAGUUGAUAAGACAUUUCAUGAUCUGGAUACCAGUUUUAAAAACUUCUCGAAGACAAUAUUAAAUAUUGCAAAUGGAUUGAAUCACAGCAAAGAGUCAAGGGAUAUAUUUUUGGAUCUUUAUGAAAAGUUAAUUGAACCGUGUGUCCAGUAUUCGUGGUCUAGACAUGAUCUCAAUCUGAUGUUACAAGCAUAUAAAGAUGCUGUUCCUGAAAUGGGAUUUUUUAAAAAGGUUUCUCCUCAACUACAGCCAGUUUGGGAUCGAUAUAUGAAUACGUUAAUAAAUUGUGUCUCUCGGAUGUAUCCAAAUCAGUAAUGUGAUGGAUCAACAAUAUCCUACAUAAACACAUUAAUAACUUCAACCAGGAUAGGAACGAAUUAUGAACACAUUAAUAAGUUGUGUCUCUCAGAUGUAUCCAAUCAGUGGCAGGAAGGAUCAACAAUAGCCUACAUAAACACAAUAACUACAGCUAGUAUAGUACUGAUAUAUGACCUCAUUAAUAAGUUGUGUCUCUCGGAUGUACCCAAACCAAUGACGAGAUGGAUCGACAAUGGCUUACACGAACAUGUUAAGAACUAAAGCCAGUUUGUGACUGGUAUAUGAACACGUUAAUAAGUUGUGUGUCUCGGAUGUACCCAAAUCAGUGAUGAGAUGGAUUAACAAUAUCCUGUAGAGAUACAUUAAUACCUUGAACCAGAAUGGGACCAAUAUAUGAACACAUCAAUAAGGUCUCACUACACAGGAUGUCAUCUGCCAUUGAAACCCAUGUUAUAUUGCCCAACUUCAAAUGAAGAUUGCCAAUAGAAUGGGUUCUCAUUGGCACUAACAACAUACACCAUUG